GAGAGUGGGAGGGGCCACUUCAGGUUCCAGGAAGAUUUUCUCCCCGAGCACCUGUUUGCAUGUGACUCACAGCAAAGUACAUGAAGUGAAGGAUUCACACGUCAGAGGAAAACAUGCAGAGCGUAAGCUCCCCUGGAGGCCGCGUCCUCUCUGAGGACCAGUUCACAUGCUCCAUCUGUCUGGAGGUGUUCGUGGAGCCCGUGUCCACGCCGUGCGGCCACAGCUUCUGCAAGGCCUGUCUGCUGGGCUACUGGAACCACAGCAAGAAGAUCUCCUGCCCCAUGUGCAAGAAGGCCUACUCCAAGAAGCCCGAGAUGAGCGUCAACCGCGUCCUGGCUGAGAUCUCCACACAGUUCCAGGGCCUGAUGAUGGCCGGCGGCGGAGACGGUGGUGGAGCCGUUGCAGCUGUGAGAGGAUCCACGCUGAACUUGAACUCUGACCCGAGUCACGGCGGCUUCUCUGGAUCCGAUGCUGGGGAGUUUGCUCGGCCCGGCGAGGUUCCCUGUGACGCCUGCAUCGGGAGGAAAGUCAAGGCGCACAGGUCUUGUGUGAACUGCCCCGGGUCGUUCUGCGAGAAUCACCUACGGCAUCAUAAAAAGGUGAAGUCGCUGACUUCUCACCGCCUCAUCGAGCCCACCUUCCACCUGGAGGAGAAGAUCUGCAAGAAGCACGAACGUCUGCUGGAAGUCUACUGCCGCUCCGACCACACAUGCAUCUGCACGGCGUGCGCCGAGGCCACGCACAAGUCCCACGACAUCGUCUCCACCGACCACGAGUGGAAGAAGAAAAUGAGUAAUCUGGGAAAAAGGAGGUCGGAGCUGAAACAUUUGAUCAAGGAGAGAGUGAAGAAACUGGACGAGAUCAAACAGUCCAUCAAGGUCAUCAAGGCGAGUGCUCAGAAGGAGCUGGAGGAGAGCUGGCAGGUGUACGCCGAGCUGCAGCGCCUGGUGGAGCACAGUCAGGCGGAGCUGGUAGAGCUGAUCGCGACGCGGCAGCGAGAGGCGGAACGCCACGCGCAGGAGCUCGCCCGCGGUUUGGAGAAUGAGCUGAGUCAGCUGAGGAGGCGGAGCAACGAGCUGGAGGCCUUCGCUCAGACGCAGGACAAAGUCAUCUUCCUUCAGAAUCUGAUGACUUUGUCGCCCCCUCCCGAGCCCGCUGAUUGGUCAGCGAUCACCAUCAACACCGACCUUUACUUGGGAACCAUCCGCUCCUCCGUCAGCAAUCUCAUGGACAAGUUCCAAGAGGAGCUGAAAAGACUGUACGGGAAAGAGCUCCGGAAGGUACAGAACUAUUCCAGUGAAGUGAUUCUAGACUCGUCCACCGCCCAGAGAAACCUGGUUGUGUCUGAAGAUAGUCGCCAGGUGAAGUACGAGGAACGCAAGACCUCCCAUUCUGAGGGUCCAAAGAGAUUCAGCCCCGCCCUCUUUGUCCUGGGCCGCGAGGGUCUCAGUUCCGGGCGUCACUACUGGGAGGUGGACGUAGGACGCAAGACGGCCUGGACGCUCGGCGUGGCCCGAGCUUCAGCCCGCCGCAAGGGUGAGAUCAAACUGAGUCCUGAGGGAGGAUAUUGGUGUUUGUGGCUGAAGAACGGCGAGGUGAAGGCUCUGGCUGCAACCCGCUUGCCGCUGAUGCUAACGUCCUACCCAUCUAAAAUGGGAGUCUUCCUGGAUUACGAUGGAGGCCAGAUUUCUUUCUAUGACGUAAAGGCACGUCUGCAUCUCUAUACUUUCUCUGACACCUUUAGCGAGAGCAUGUACCCAAUCUUCAGCCCCUGUCUAAACCAGGACGGCAAGAACUCUUGUCCUCUCAUUAUAAGCCCUGACAGACAGGGAGGGAGGGAGGGCGAGGGGAGAGGGAGGUGUAUUUUGGGUCUGAGGUGUGUGUGUGUGUGCAUGUGGGGUAACUGUCUGUCUCAUGUGUCAGUGAACAGCGGAGUGUCGAGGCAGCUGCUCUCUGGGAUGGCCUCAACUGGGAACCUCUCUGAAGAGCAGGUGCACUGCUCCAUCUGCCUCGACGUCUUCACCAACCCCGUGUCCAUCCCCUGCGGACACAACUUCUGCCAGACCUGCAUUCUGGGAUACUGGAAAACCAGCCCCUUAUUCCAGUGUCCCAUGUGCAAGAAGUCCUUCCACAAAAGACCUGAUAUCAGCGUGAACACGGUGCUGAGGGAGAUCGCGGAGCAGUUCAAGGAGAUCAGGGUUCGAGGUUUGGAAGGGAAGGUGAGCAAAGAGGAGGAAGAGGAAGAGGAGAAAGAGAAGAAGUGGACGAUGGAGAGAAGGAGAAAGGAGGAUGAGGAGAGGCUUUUGGAGAAAGAUCAGAAGCAGCAGCUUCUGGAGGAGCUGAUGCAGAAGCAGGAGCACGAGAGGAGAAAGAAGGAGUGGUCACGGCAGAAAUCAGAGGAGAAGAAGCCAAUAAGAGAGGAGUUGCCUCCGUUAAUCGCCUCUGCAUCAGCGCCUCAAACCCCUCCUCCACUGUCACCCCAAGCCACAGCUCUGAGACCACCACCUCCACUGCCACAAACAUCUCCUCAAAUCCCUGCUUCUCCAUCCCCUGACACCUCACCUUCACCGCUGUCCUCCUCUCUCCUUCAUCCUUCCUGGGAGGAAGUCCUCUGUGAUGUUUGCCUUGGGGAAGACAGGCCCAAAGCGGUGAAAUCCUGUCUCGUGUGUCUGACGUCCUACUGUGAGGAGCACCUGAAAUCUCACACUGCCAGGUUCACCAAGCACAAGCUGAUGGAUCCUGUCGCCAACAUGGAGGACAGGAUGUGUCCGAAGCAUCAAAGGCUCCUGGAGCUGUUCUGCAAGAAGGAUCAGACAUGCGUGUGCGUGCUCUGCACCGAGACGGACCACAGGGCGCACUACACUGUCCCUGUGGAGAGAGAGUGGAUGGAGAAAAAGGCACAGCUGAAGAAGACAGAAAUAGACGUCCAGCAGAUGAUCCAGGACAGAGUCAAGAAGGUGGAGGAGAUCAAAAAAUCUGUCGAGCUCAACAAAGCCAGUGCUGAGAGAGAGAUGGAGGAGAGCAUGCAGGUCUUCUCCGAGCUGGUGCGCUCCAUCCAGAAGGCUCAGACUGACCUGAUUGUGGCCAUCGAGGAGAAGCAGAGGCAGACGGAGAGACGGGCAAAAAGCCUCAUCUCCGAGCUGGAGCAGGAAAUAUCUGAGCUGAAGAAGAGGAAUACAGAUCUGGAAAAUGUGGCUCGGACUGACCACAUUAAUUUCUUGAAGAGCUUCCCAGCACUUAGCAUAACUCCACGUGUUAAGAACUGGUCUGAGACCAGUGUUCCCACUGACAUGUGUGUCGGCAUGAUCAGGAGAGCCGUGUCCAAACUGGAGCCGAAUUUUACAGAAACGAUUGACAAACUGGCUGAUAGUGAAAUCAAAAAACUUUUGAAAUAUACAGUGGAUAUCACGUUGGACCCAGACUCGGCUAACCCAUGGUUGCAGCUUUCGCAGGACAGACAUCAGGUGAGACAUUUGGGAGCGUGGCAGGACCUGCCCGACCACCCUGACCGCUUUGACACGGUGGUCAUCGUCCUGGCCCGCGAGGGCUUCACCUCGGGGAGACAUUACUGGGAGGUGCAGGUGGGGGACAAGGAUGACUGGUACCUGGGCGUCGCCAGGUCUUCCAUCAAAAGAAAGGGCCGGAUCUCGGUCAGCACCACUCAAGGCUACUGGGCUCUGGCCAUGAAGAAAGGCCAGGGCUACAGGGUGUCGACCUCGCCGCCUAUACUGCUCCCACUCAACCCGAAGCCCAAGCGAGUGGGCGUGUACGUGGACUGCGAGGAGGGCCAGGUGUCGUUUUAUGACGUGAGAGCUCGGACUCACAUUUAUACAUUUAAAGAUACAUUCACGGAGAAAAUUCUGCCUUUCUUCUACCUGUACUGCUGCGACAAAGCAUCCGAUACCAUCGUGAUUUGUCCAGUGAAUGAGAAAACCACAAUCAAGUAAAAUUAAGGACAAGCAACACUGAAAAGUCCUCGUGAAAAGUGAAAACAGACUGUAUUUUGGAGUAGGUUUAACCUGUCGUAGGGUUAAUCCUGCGUUUUUAUGUCUAUUCAUUACAUGUAUAAUGUAGCUUAGCAAAUCCUUGUGUUGUGCUAAGUUAAGAUGGUUCAACGUUUUAGAAAAUGAUUGUUUAUCUUCUUAAGUUCUUUUAGCUUAGCUUAGCAGACCGACUUGUGUGAAGAGACACUACCGGGCUGCCUACGACGUGAAUUUAGAAUUUUUGGUCAUUAAAUUGUUCUUACAUUUUUAGCUUAAUAUUUAUCUACACAAAUUCCAUUUAUUUGUAUUGCGCCAAUUCAUAACAUACAUUAUCUCAAGGCACUUUACAUAGUAACUUCAAUGCGCGCUAAAUGUUUAUUUUGAGCUAGUUAGCUAUGAGUCUAGUGCUGCAGCUAAUGAUUAUUUUCAUAAUUGAUUAAUCUGUCGAUUAUUUUCACGAUUAAUCGAGUAAUCGUUUGGUCCAUAAAAUCUCACACAACGUUAAAAAAUGUUGAUCAGUGUUGGUCAAACCUAUGAAAGAUGAUGUUCUCGAAUGUCUUGUUUUGUCCCCAAAUCAAAAUGAUUGAGUUUUAAUGAUUUCUUUGUUACAUGGAGCAAAGAAACAAAGAAAAUAUUCACAUUUAAGAAGCUAAAACAGCUAAAUCAGGAAUCUUGUUUUAAUCAUGAAAAAAGCUUCAAACCAAUUAAUUGAUUAUAAAAAUAGUUGUCGAUUAAUCAAUUCAUUGUUUCAGCUCUGUAUGAGUGUAAACACAGGCAACAAAGGGAAAUUGUGUAUCUGCAGAUAGGCUAAUAUAACUUUUUGGCUAAUUUAACUAUGCUAGCUGUUACCAGUCUUUAGGCUAAACUAAGCUAGCUCGCUGCUGUUGGUAGCUUCAUAUUUACAGACAUCAGAGUAGUAGAAAUAAACCACCUUUGUAUUUCCGAUUAUAAACUUGUUUUAAAUGCAUGACACAAGAAAUAUGACUUUGUAAUAAGUGCAUGUUGAUUCUUCAUAUAGUGUGACUGAUCCUAUAUGAUGUAAAGUUCAAGCUAUACAGCAAUAAAUCCAAAAAUAUA